GACGUUUCCAGAAGAGACAUUGUUCUUCAAUUUUCUGGAAAAAUGGAGAAUGGUGUAGAAAUCUUAAUAAGAAACCCUCACAAACAGAUCCCGAUCCUUCUUAAUUCUACAUAUAAAUACGAGAUGAUUCCGAUCGACGCAACCAUCCAACCUAAUUCUGCAACAUCAAGAUUCUGAAUUCUCAUAACCUAACUCACGAAUACUCAGAAAACAGUUUUCAAAUUAACCUUCAAUCAAAACCCCAAAACCACAAACUCUCAACAAUGUCGAUGAUUCCAAGUUUCUUCGGCAACCAAAGGACAAAUGUGUUCGACCCAUUCUCACUAGACAUUUGGGAUCCAUUCCAAGGUUUCCCAUUCUCAGGAUCCAAUUCUUCUUCCUCUCCACUUUCCUUUCCGGCUGGUUCUGAAAUCUCGAAAGAAACUUCACAAUUGGCAAACACUAGAAUCGAUUGGAAAGAAACCCCAGAAGCCCAUAUUUUCCGAGCAGAUCUUCCUGGUAUUAAGAAAGAAGAAGUGAAAGUUGAAGUUGAAGAAGGAAGGGUUCUUCAGAUAAGUGGUGAAAGAAGUAGAGAGAAAGAAGAGAAGAACGAUAAAUGGCAUAGAGUUGAACGGAGCAGUGGUAAGUUUCUAAGGAGAUUCCGAUUGCCGGAGAAUGCUAAAGUUGAUGACGUUAAGGCGUCUAUGGAGAAUGGAGUGCUCACUGUAAGUGUUCCUAAGGUUGAAGAGAAGAAGCCUGAAACCAAAUCAAUUCAAAUAUCUGAUCAAGUGCCUAGGGCUAAUAACGCUAAUAACUAAUGAAAUGUCUCUGCUCAUAAGUCUUGUGUGGUGUGUGAAAUGUGAAGAAUAAGAAGAUGAGAUGUUAUGGUGUUGUGGUAGUCUGUUAUUAGUGCCAAAGUCUGUCUGUAAUGGUUUAAACUUUUCUUGUUAAUGAAAACUACUCGUAUAAGCUUGUUUCUUGUCUA